AGACAUUGAGCGGUUAUAACGACAGCGCUGAGAAGUCUGGAUAGAGUCGUCUCACACGUGUUCUACUGCACUGUACAUAUAAAUCUGGUCCUAAUGUAAAUAGCGCUAUUAUGACAACAUAUGGUGGACGUCGAUACUAUAGACAACGACGCUCACUUCGUCAAGCGGAGAGGUUUAAAUCGACUGAGAUUUCAUAAGUGGUGAAAAUUAUCUGCUUAACCACUCCAGAGGACGGAAUCAUUUAACGAAAUGAGGAGAAAACACAACACUUUUUAGCAUUCAAUGUGUGUACAAUGGAAUAAUGGUUUAAUUACACAUGAAACGUUACCGCCAGUAGAUAGUAGCUAAGACAUGCAGGUUGUGUACAGUGGAGGGUCUACCCCGAGCCCCUCCCCUCGACUCCAUCGUAAACAGUAUACGGGGUACGGUCGUCCAGUCCAACCUGGAUAUGUGCUGGGACCACCCCCGGUCACCACCAUACACCACAGUCCCUCUCGGGAGAAGAAUCAACCUAUUGAAGAGGAUGAUUCGAGUUUAAGGGAUUCUAUACCUGUGAUGAGUAAACCUUUGGCUGUGACCUGUCUCGUCUGUAACAUAGUACUACCAGGUUUAGGGACGUUCAUAUCCGGUUUGUCGAUCCUGUGCUGUACCAGAGCCAAAACGAAAGAAACGAGCAAGAAGAAAAUUGUUCUCGUAAAUACGUGGGUGGCCUUUCUCCAGUUUAUCACCGCCUUCAUCCUUCUCCUGGGCUGGAUCUGGAGUAUCAUGUGGGGCGUGGCCUUUAUGUCCAUAUCAGAUCAACAUUAUGAGAGGUUACAUUCUGAGCAUAAUCGUAAGGGACCUGACAAAGUGAGGGAAGAGGCAACAAAAACAGAGAAAGAGGAGUUGUCACCACAUAAGGAGAUAUCACAGCCCCCGAGUCUCCCAAAAGAAGAACCCAUUCCACCAUUUACUAACACAGAGCCAGUAACCAUCACUGGCUCUGUGUCCGACACGCAGCUUCAUCCUAUGAUUAUUCUACAAGAAAUUCCUGUCGUCAACCAAUCAGAAUCCACAUUAUAUCCCACGCGACCAAUUUUGAAUGCCAGAACGAGGCACCAAAAAAUUCUUCGUCGUCAGAUGUCUGAUAACGACUUAUCUCCCUUUAGUUUGACACAAGAACAGCUACAGGAGAUUGUAAUACAUGCCGCGCCUGUGAAUCGGAGGCGAGGUCUCCCGAGGGGGGACAGUACUGCAUCGGAACCAUCCGCUACAGGUACAACACUCAUCAACGUCGCCGAGAAAUAGGUCAUCUUUGUUAUGUACAACACAGAUUCUUGGAUAAACUUUGGAUAAUGAUAUUAUACUCGACAUCUACAGUGUUAUCACAGUUUGUGGUCAUGUUGUGUCUUUUUAACUGUAGUAUAUGUUAUCAAUAUGUCACUAUAUAUAUAUAUACCACGAGAGGUCUUACAUAUAGAGACGAAUUUGUGCUCUGUUGAAGACAAUACAAUCAUAUUCUAAGAUAAAGAUGAUGAUAUUUUUUUGUUUUCGAUAGAUAAUUUAAAUCAUGUGAUAUGUCAAAAUGAGGCUACAUCACCCAAUAUGGUACUUGUGUGGAGGGAGUGUAUAAAUAAGACAUGUCUACAUUCCAUCAGAAUUCCGUGUACACACAUAGAAUUUCACAUUUCUGACAGGAGACAAUGCCUCGUCAGUCAAACAGUGGUAAUUUACACGGACACGAAAAAAACAGGGUCGUAUCACGGAAUCGCAAAUCUUUAAUAUAUUCCAGAUUUUUUAAUCAUCUUGUUUGUUCCAAGGAGCAAAGUGGUUGAUAUGGACAUGUGAGUCUUGUGAAUACAGUCAAUCUUAUGUACAGCCAA